AGUUGGAGACAGAAAGUCUACAGCAGUUUGACCACUGGUUUGAGUUUCUUUCUUUGCAAUAUCUUUGAAGUUAUGUUUGUGCCCACCGCUAUGAGCUGCAGUGAAGAAGCAACCUCCUCCUCUUACAAUACAGUCUCCCGCAUGCCUCCACUCAUCCAGCCCAUUCCAUCUCCUGCAAGCUCUGAUAUCUCUUCACCUCUUGCACCGUCCGACAUGCACUCCAAGAAGAAGCAUAUCAAACGGCCGAUGAAUGCAUUCAUGGUCUGGGCUCAGCUGGAGAGAAGAAAAAUGACCCUCGAGUAUCCCGAUAUGCACAAUGCAGAAAUCAGCCGAAGACUUGGCAAGCUAUGGCGUCUCCUCUCUGAUGCAGAAAAGCAGCCGUAUGUGGAGGAAUCAGAUCGCAUCCGAGUUAUGCAUAUGAAGCAGUAUCCUGACUACAAGUACAGGCCAAGGAAGAAGGGAGCUAAGAAGAGCAAGCCCUCCUCUGCAGCUAAAUUUGAUGAUGAAGAUCUUGGAUUUGCAAUUGGUGGCUGCAACAGCUCCAACUCAUUGUGUGCAUGUGGAAGAACAGUAACUACAAUGUCCACCAUUGGGAUUCAAUGCAGCAUGGACAGAGAAGCUGCGAAUGCAACUAAACAAGCUAUCGAACCACUCGUACUAGAAGAAAGGAAAAUGAAGACUGCCGAAAUAUCGAUCCAAGUUGGAAACGGUCUCGCAAACUUGAAGAGUGGCAAGAUUAUUAUUCCGAGGAAGACAAUCAGCCCUGUGAGCAACAGCAGUGCUUGCACCUCAAUCAGUAUUGGCUCUACUGUCCACCAUGUCGGGGAGAAGAGAUCUCGAGACACUGGGACCUCUUGCGAGCCUAUCAUAAAACGUAGCAGGCCAGCAGCCUGCAAAGUUAUUGCAUCAAGUCCUCAAAUUAACCCGCACAUUGACACCACCUCUGUCCAUUUACCACCAUCUCCACCAAACUCGACACACUCAUUCGAUGAUCUGGACCUUGAUCUCUCCAUCGAUUUUUCACCACUAGCUUCCCCGUCUAUGGAUGAAGUGCUCAACUCAGGACUCGAUUGUUUUGAUGAGCUGCUCAACGAUGUGGACCCUGUUCUAAACCGCACAGUAUCUUCAACCAAUUGUAUGAACGUUGAACCAUUGUUUUGCAACUCUAUGAGCGGCAAUAUGAGCGGCAAUACAUUACUGUCUGGAAAUUUCGGUGCUAAUAUUAUUCCAAUGCAAUCAUUGAACUUCAGCCUACAAACUCCUUGUGUGCUGGAUGCUCCUGACAAGAUAUUCGAUUUCUCACCUAGUUUUGCAGAUCUGUUUGGCCAAAAUCCUUAUUCUGAACUCCACACCACUCUCUCUUCUUAAGUUGAACAUUUUAGCUUCUUUUUUUUCAACAUAUCACCAAAAAUCAUCUCUUGUAUUUUUUAUUGUGUAUUUUGUGUAAUUGUUUUGAUAUUGUUGUUUGUCUUG